AUGGCAUCGCCAAUGCCGGCCGCUCAAUCGAGCGGCUGGAGCAAUACGCCUGCUGCAGGCGAGGUGGACGAGUAUGGUCUGCAGACCAAGUUCAUGAACUUGAAGGUGCACUACACGUUUGACAAGGAGGCCAAGAUCAAUUGCCUGGCCAGAGGAUCCCAGCCCCUGCAAGUGCAGACCGUCCCGAUUGACGAGACGAAUACUAUUGGCGUCGUCGACCUGAGGGCCUGUGUCCACGUUAUUGCCGAGUGCAGCCCGGAGCUGACGAACCACGAGUGCGACUACACGAUUUACGCUGUUGAUUAUUCCGAGCCCGAUCUGCCCCAGGUCGGCCAAGGCCUGCUGUCAUGGGUCUUCCAGUCGAUGCGGCCUGAUUUUGGGCAUCAUCAGCCCAAGAUGGUGACGGGCAGAGUCACCAGAAACGUGCUGGGCGUUUUUGGCGGUGGGGGCAGAGAGACUCUGGAGAUCAGAUUGAAACUUUCUGAAACGGCUAGAAUUCAGCGUUCAAUCACAUAUGCCUCUCCUCCCGUGGAGCAGAAGCCCAGCAGGCCGAUAGAACCGACCUUACCGCCCAGUGCCGCAUCAGAAUGGAAUUCUCUAGUGCAGUCUAACCCACAAAUGGCCCAACAGGCGACUCAGAAUCAAGGCCCCAUGCAGAGCCCUAUGCAGAGCCAUUCACCCAGCAUAGCUCCCGCUUUGCCUCAAGGACCGCCGCCGCCCUUGGUCAGACAAGGCUCUUUCGGGCCAAGUUAUGGCCAGAAUCCACCUGCACAGGAGCUUCCGAGGCUAGCUCCAACUCCAAUUGAUCCUCAGUCCAUGCCCAGCAUCCCGGCACCUUCGUCACGACCAUCUAGUAGAGCGUCAAAUAGACCAUCUCGAAGGAAGCCGCCGACUGGUAGACCCCGAGGUAGGCCGCGGAAGAAACCGGCUGAGGGCAACACAUCAGGCUACGAAGAUGGGACUGAAGGAGAGGAUGCCGCACCUCCCAAGGAAGAUGAGCCCGUCAAGAAGAGGGCAAAGAUUACCAGGGUGGAUAGGUCAGAUACAGUUGCUUUUGGUGCCGAACCUGAAUCUCUCAGGGUUGCUGCGAGCAACUCCAGCUCUCUGAGGAAUUUCCGGCCCCUUGCAAUCAAUAACGACAGUGUGACAGGUAGUCAUCUGCAGGAGAUCCCUCGAGCUCCCACACCUGUUCCUAACGGUCGUCUCAGGGCGGUACCAGGACGAGAGCCCAGCUCCCUCAAGCGACGUGAAUCCGCACUGAGCCAGCCGCCCACAUCAGGCUUUUCCGCGAGCGAUGUUGGCCGCUUCCAAUCCCCCGGCAUAGACGACGACAGAACGCCAGAAUCUUUAGCACCAACGCCAAAUUACCCCGACGACAGCCCACCAGAUAUUGGUUCCUCGCCACCGGUCCAGCAGGCUACACCUUAUAUGCGGUCUAGUCCACCCCCUUCAAGUCCGGUGCUGCCUCCGAUGCCGCCUAUGGCUGCUCAUGAACCUGAUGCUCCGAAUAAUGACGCGGGCGACAUUUUUGGAGAGGGGGAGCAUUCUAUGUUAGAAGAGCUGCCGCCUCAACAGCUCACAAACAAAAUGCCAACCCAGAGCGUGCCAAUCCAGGUUUUUCAGCUCCAGGACGGCCCUAGUGGCCAGGAUCUAGUACACCUUCGCACCUAUAACACCCCUUAUCCCGCUUCAAAUACGCCUGCCACUGCUGAGAGCUCCCUUCUCCCCCCUCUAAGCCGGGAACCGAAUCGGCCACAAUUCAAUACCCAGCCUACUAAAAGGAAGAGACCGCAGUCGUCAUCACCUCCAGACAUGGGACCAACCCCGCCUCCUACGACCGACGCCGCUGAGCGGGCGAUGAGCCCGACCCUAACUUCCACCCCUGCUCCAGUUCACGCUCCUACUCCCAUCCCUCUUCCUGCGCCUGAUUACGCUCCUGCGUCUAUUUCUACGCCCAUAUAUGCGCCUAUUCCUAUGACAGCGCCGUUUUUACCCCCAGAUGUCGGGGCGCCGACUCCUCCCGCACCUGCUUCUGAAUCAGUCCCAGCAACUGCGCCAACACCCGAACUCUCACAAGCUCCCCCCUUGACUGAUGACAUCUUCAAUGAUCCUAUAGUACAACUUGCAUCUACCUUUUCCUCAAGAGAAGAGGCUCCUCCUCUAAUCCAACCGCCGUCACGAUCUUCGCAGCCGCCUCAGUCAAGACCGCAAACAUCAAAGUCCAAAUAUCCCCGUCAACUCAGUCGAUCACAAUCCGCAGGGCCGCUUAUAUUACCCGCCAGCGAUCCUGUUGGUCCAUCGGCUUUAUCUCAGCCCCCCGUUGUCCCUCUGGAGCGUCCGUCUUCAAUGGGAGGCGGAGGCGCUGAUAUUCGUCGACCAGCUUCUACUGGGCCGCUGGCUUUGCCAAUGCCUGAGCCCCUUACUGAGGCCUCAAAAGAGGCUCCGGUGGUCUCUGCCCCUUCGGUCGUCCCCGAGGCGUCCUGCCCUCCCAGCGAUUUUCCUCCACCAUCUUCGCCGCAACGAAUAAAUAACAAGAACAUUGUAAAAAAGCAUGCCAUCAAACAGCGACUAGAGGCGGCGAUAAAUAACGGGGAGAUGCCUCCAUACUGCAGCAACUGUGGUGCUAUAGAAACUCCUACCUGGAGAAAAAUAUGGAUCCAACAACGAGAUGGCAUUCCGGAACGAUGCGAAUUUUCGGAGAAGCCUGGUAAGAUAACAGCGGUGGAAAUAACACAGUGCGAUGAUGAAGGCACUCCAACAGCUCAUCGUGUUAUCAAAAAGAGUUUGGCUAUCACCGAUGAUAAGUCCAAGUGGCAAGAGGCUCUACUUUGCAAUCCCUGCGGCAUAUGGCUUGCAAAGUGUAAAAGUCAUCGCCCUGCGGAUAGAUGGGACAAGGAUGCCUCUCGGUUGGGCCAAGAACGACGUAAGAGAGGCACUGGUCGAAGCACAUCCCGCGCCAAGAAAAAUCGCCGGAAGGAUGAUGCCCCUGUCAACCUUACUUCGGAAGCAUAUCUGCCCACAGACGCCUAUCUACCCACAGACGCGUUGGAGCCACCAGCACCCUCGUCACCAAAAAUGAACGAAGCUCUCUCUGCAGGCCCGAAUCCAUUGCCGAGGCCAGAGAACGCUAAGGGUCAGGGGCCUGAGAAGUCUCACGAGACCGCUGAGCUUGAUGCAUUAUCCCAACCAGGAUCAACUCAUUCCCGGGGUACCGGAACAGCUCAAAGUCCCAUCGACAUUGAUGUUGACUUUAACCAAGUAGCUGGGAGCACUAAGAGGCUGCUAUUCCCGUCCCCUAGGAAAGACGGAGUGCCCAAGGUGCUUUGCGAUGUUGACAUCAAUAUCGUUCAGACGGCAGAGUGUCGCUCAGCAGAGAACCUAAAAGGAGAUCAAGAGAACGCCACCGCAUCAGGGUCGAAUACAGCCAUCAGCAAAUUGGAUGAUUUAGAAGCUCUGUUCAAUAGCCCGGCCAAAGGACGACCGUCCACCCCGCCACCCGAGGCCAAAUCCGCUCCUGCUGAGCCUUUCAAGACCCCUACAAGACCUCCUCCAAACCAUAGGCCAAUCACUAGAAGUGUCUCGCGGUCUAUGCGAUCUGCCAAGUCGAUCUUGUCUCCUAGCCAGCUCGCAGCCGACCGAACUCCUACCAAGACGCCAAAAUCCAUGUUGAGAAUUCCCGGAAGCAGUGCGAGAAGACGCAGUCCGCGAGGUCAUCAGGGCAAUUUUGACAAUAUGUUUACUUCGCCAAUUGCUCAAAAUAUUGUACAGUUCCUCUCACAAGGCAACACUUUGUCGUUUGAGGAUGGCGAGAUAGAUUUUGGCAACCUCGCCGGAGACAGUGACGAACUGCUUGACUUUGGCCACCUUCUGAGUACGGAUGAUAUAAUGCCCAGUUCUCCACCCAAAAACGACACCUUGGGGAUAUCUUUCGAAUACGAAGGCGGUUCUAGUAACAUUGCUGACUGGAUGGAGACUGUUAUAAAAGAGCUUAAAUGA